AUGGCCGGUACAGCGAAGGCGCUGAGUCGUGCGGCUUUUAUGCUAUCACAGAGAUCGCACGUCAGCGUCUCAUCAGCUUUUCGCACGCGCACCGCGCCAAUUUGUCUCCAACAGACCACCCGACGUUUCUCCUCGUCGCCCUUUACCUAUCUCCCCAAAGAUGCCGACGAACCGCAAGAAACCGAGUCUUUUCGGCUUGCUGACAUUCCAGAAUACUCGGUCGAAAACUUUACAGAUGCCGAGAAAUCCAUGUACGAAUUGAUGUCAUCGGAGGAGCGAGCCGUCUUUGAUGCCGAAAAUAAACGCAUCGUCGAGAUGUGGAAUGACCCGGUUAGACGAGCGAAAGAAGAAGAAGCGAUUGAUAUUCUAGCGGACCAGGUCGAAAAAGAAUCAAAAAUGCGAUUUGAAGAUGUUAGGGAGAAGAAUCGUGGUUUCUGGGCAGAGGAGGAAGAGGAUGAAUUCGCGAAUGCGGAGGAUGGAGAUGAUACAUUUAAUGAUGAUGAAAUCACCUCCAUGGCCCACGCGGAGAUGGAAUUGCACCGCGAGGUGCGAGAGUAUGCUCGUAUUGCAGCCUGGGAUAUGCCAUUGUUGAGCAACCUUACCAAGCCUUUUGAAUUGCCAAAGGAAAACCAAAUUCUCCGCUUCCGAUACACAUCCUACAUGGGUGAACAACACCCGGCCGAGCACAAGGUGGUUGUGGAACUUAGUUCCAAGGAUCUUGUACCGAAACAUUUGACCGAGCAGCAGCGUUUGACUUUUCUUAAACUUGUCGGACCACGCUACAACCCCGACACCGACAUUAUCCGCAUGUCUUGCGAAAAGUUCUCAGCUCGAGCUCAAAACAAACGCUAUCUCGGCGACACCAUCAAAAACUUAAUCAAAGAGGCCAAAGAAGGCGAGUCCUUUGCAGAUGUGCCCCUUGACCUCCGACACCACAAACCAAAGGUUCACUACACAUUCCCCGAUUCAUGGAAAAUGACCGAAACCCGAAAGCGCCAGCUUCUUGCGGAUCGUCAACUUCGUCUCGAGGGGGAACAGCAACGCAUCACCAUCGUUGAUGGCAAGGAAACCAUCCUCCAUGCUAUUCGUACUCUACCCGCUCUGAGCCAAAACCCUCAUCUCCAUGCUGCACAGGAGAAGGGUGCCGUCAAGGAGACUGCUGCAAGAGCAAGAGGCAUCGCACGGCCGCGAAGAUAG